AUUUAACAUUCUCGAGCGGCCGUUAUUCCCUACUGGCUCUCUUCCACCACCGCGCCGACUUGAUCUCUUUGGUCUUCUGCCGGAUCGACGUUCCCUCGAUCGAAACUUAGAUGUGACCGAUAACCUCGUUGCUACCAAGACUGGUUCUGGUAGUACUGAUGUUGGGUCUCAUGAUGUCUGUCUAGGUUCUUGGAAUCGAGCUUGUAGGCGCCCCACAAGGAUCAUGCAGCUUACCUGGAAUACACUGUGUCGAGCAGCUACUAGAAACGCGGCAAACUUGGAGUUGAAUCCGCGUGACAAGCAUGCUAUCUGUCCUCCGGAUAUGCGGAAUGCCAUCUCCAAAGUGGAGGAGAUAGCACAGUUAGCUUCUAACGACCAUGGAAAACCUUUUAAAGUAUGUUAUUUUUUCCUGUAUUUAUACUUUAGUUCUUUUUCGCAUUUAAUUAUUGUUUUGAGACUACCAGUAAGUCAGUAA